AUGGCAGGGUCUUCGGUAGGAGCUUUGCCAUCAGCUGUCUCCUGGACCUGCCGCCAGUGUCGAAUACACAACAAACUCCAACCUGGACUUCGCCUUCAAUCGUUUCAACAUGGAAUAUCCCAUCGAAACUUCUCUACGUCUAAACUGUCCUCCGAAGAAACCCAAAUUCGCGCCGCGCCUGAGAUAGAUUUCGAGAAUCCCACGUCUGUACCUGCCCGGAUAUUGCCUGCAUCUCCUUCAUAUUUCACUGCAUCGCCGAAAUUCAACGACCACAUCCUCCUUCUACAGUCGCUUGUUAAGAAGCACGGUUCGUUGCCUACGUCUCCGCCAGACCAAACUCCACGGGCAGUGUGGAUGAAACUUGGUCAAUACCGCACUUCGAUCGGAGAGAAAAUUGCUGCCUCGAAAUACACCAAGGUCCUGCUUCUUUUGUCUCGAUUGAACAAAAUACAUCCACGAGUUCGUCCGAAGGAGGUGAAGCAAAUACUUGAUCGAUUCCGACGUCCAGGAGCGGAGGAGGUUCAGAAAGCCAAACCUGGAAAAAUCGAUGAAUAUGGACGAGCAGUUGGAAUGGGACGGAGAAAAGAGUCGUCAGCGAAAGUCUAUCUUGUUGAAGGUACGGGACAAGUCCGGGUCAAUGGGCGCAGCCUUGUGCAGGCGUUCCCUCGGCUGCACGACAGGGAGAGCGCAAUGUGGCCGUUGAAAAUCACCCAGAGGAUGGAUAAGUACAAUGUGUUUGUACUCACGUCAGGCGGGGGCGUUACUGGCCAAGCCGAGUCCAUCACGUUGGGACUGGCCAAGGCGUUGCUGGUACACGAGCCAGCUUUAAAACCAGCUCUCCGACGAGCCGGUUGUGUCACAUCGGAUAAGAGACGUGUCGAACGAAAAAAGCCUGGCCGGCUAAAGGCAAGAAAGAGGCCUACCUGGGUCAAACGAUGA